AUAGGGCUGUCGCGGUAACCGCAAAAAUGAAAUAUCGCAAUAUGAAGAAGCCCACCGCGCUGCAUCAUGGGCCACCGCGAUUACUGAACUUGGUUCAACUCAAUGAUGCAUGUUGAGAAGGAUGGCUGCACUGGUAUCAAAACAAAACGUUACUUCGCUCCUUUGGGAGCGCUUUGGUUUUCAGUACGUCAGCUGCUGCGCAGCCAGAGUCCUUGGCCGAGACAGAGCUGCCACCAGCGGCAAAAAUAAAUAAAUAAUAAACGCUCGGAGACCUCCUGAAGUCCCGGACAAGCACUGCUUCUGCAACCGUCCCGAAGAGAGUUUGAGCCGAGCUGGAGCUCACUCGCUACCUGCAGGAGGAAUGCAUCCACCCUAAAGAACCCCCCUGACAUGGUGGAGCAACAACCGGGAGAGAUUCCCUUUGCUCGCCAGAGUCGCACGCAAGUUGAGUUCGGAAGCGAGCGGGGCCGGACCGGAGCGGAGGGGAGCGGAGGUAGUGGAAUUUGGGAGGCGAAGCAGGAAUCAUGUCUACCUUUGACGUACAGGCAUUUGUGGAGGCUCCAUCGCGCCGGCUGCUGGAGAAUUGCAGAAAAUCCGAUCUGCAGCAGGUUGCCGCCCACUUCAGUCUGCUCGUCCCCAAGCAGCUAACGAAAGACGCCCUACGUCAGUUCGUUUUGGAUUUCCUGGUUGCACAAGAGAUUCUUCCGCCUGUGUCACGCCCUCCGUCACCACCGGUGACUAACGAAGAAGAGAGGAUGGAGAAGCCUGAACCAGCCUGCUCCUCGAAGUCCUCUUCACCUCCGCAGAGCCCUUCGUCGUCUCCGUUAACCGGAGCUCGCCUGAAACUCCGACUGGCUCGUUUGCAUAUUGAGGCCGAGGAACGCGCUCUGGAAAGAAAGCUUCAACAUGAGAUUGAACUUAAAAGACUGGACGCUGAUAUUCGACUGAGAGAACUUGAGCUCACAUUACAGAGCAGGAAGCGUGAUCCUGCCACUGUUCGGACUGUUCAUCCAGCCGAGGACUCAGACGCCGCCAUUUCGCCUCCCCUUGGGCAUGUCCGACCGCCAUCUGAGGCUCCGCUUACUCCUACGUCUUCUACGCCACCAUUCGACAUCAGCAAAUGCCUCACGCUCCAGCCUCCCUUCCGAGAGACUGAAGUGGAUGGGUACUUCCUUGCUUUCGAGAGGAUGGCUGCGAUACUCCGGUGGCCUCGCGAUGUCUGGCCUUUGCUUUUGACCUGUAAGUUAACAGGUAAGGCUCUUCAGGUGGUGUCUGCUUUGUCUCUAACAGACAGCGCAAAUUAUGACACUGUAAAGUCUACUGUUUUGCACGCUUACGAACUCGUACCGGAAGCCUAUAGGCAACGGUUCCGCUCCGAAACACCGCGAGACAAUCAAUCUUAUGUCGAGUACGCUCAUAACAAGUCUGUUUUGUUCGAGAAAUGGUGUGUUGCUUCUCAUGUCACUUCGCUAGCUGAGCUCAAAGAGCUAAUCCUAUUAGAGGAAUUUAAGAGACAUGUCCCCGAAAGACUAGUGCACUACUUAAAUGAACAGAAGGUUGCUUCCUUCUCCGAAGCCGCCUUACUCGCUGACCAGUUUUCUCUCACCCAUCGAGUCAAAGAAACUCGUUCAGAGCCCGUACGAGGAGUCAAAUCUCCUCCGAAACUUCGCCCUGCUACUGAGAGUUCUGAGUGUUUUUACUGCCACAAGCGUGGCCAUGUCAUCAGAGACUGUUAUGCUCUAAAGCAGAAAAACAGACGAAAUGGCGACUCGCCCAGAAAAACCCGACCAGAAGUGGCUCUUUGUUCAUUAAAACCCUGUGUUGGGAUAAAUGUAACCAAGCCCAACUCAUGCUACAAACCAUUUUUGUCAGAGGGGCGUGUAUCACUUCCGGGUUCUGCAACAGAUGAAAAAGUGGUGAUAUUAAGAGACACCGGAGCUUCACAAACGCUGCACCUGGCGAAGAAUCUACAAUGA